AUGAGUUUCGGAGCCCCUGGUGGCGGAUCGGUAAACUACAAGCCCUCACCGCCCGAGCGCGGUAGCUUUCCUCUGGACCACGAAGGGGAAUGCAAGCACAUCAUCUCAGGAUAUCUGAAAUGCAUCAAACUCAACAAAGGCACCAACGACGAGGCGUGUCGCAAAUUGGCCAAAGAGUACCUUGCCUGCCGAAUGGACAAGAGGAACUAUAUCCAGGAUGGACGCUGGGAUAACAUACUGAUUGAGUCAAUUCGCCUUGAGUAA